CAAUUGCUGUGGGCGUGGCUGGCUGAAUUGAUCCUUACCUGAUCUCUUCUGAAGAAGCUUGCAAGUUUUAAUAACUACACUACAGUAUAGUACAUAUGGGGCAGCAGCCAAGUGUUCCCAGUGAUGCUGGUGCCAGAGGUGUGGAGCCAAACACCAGCAUAUCCAGUGACCUGUCUCCAGAGGAGGACAGCAUCCCCUACACUGCUUACUCACAGGAAAAACACGGCCCUCCUCUUUCCAGUGUCACACAGUCACUUCCAGCAUACCCUCUGAGAGGUGGUGUCACCGUGGUGAAUACCCUACCUGAUGCCUCAUGGAGAGCUGCCAAACCUCUUGAGCUGCAGAAACUGGACAAACUUCCUCGGUUUUGGCCCAUUUUGAGAUCGUCGCUCGAAAGUAUGCCUCCCCAAGAAAAAAUUUCAGACGGUGUCCAGUACAAAGAGAUCCUCUCGCUCUGUAUUCGAUAUCAAGAGCAUCUGUCGGAGGCAGCAAAGAUUGUCAGUACUGAACAGAAAGCACUGGCUAGUCGACUGAAAGAUAUUGAGAUGUUCUCUGCCGGGAUAAUGCAACAGAUGAUUCGCAGACAAGAAAAUCUUUUAAGAACAAACACACAUCUUCAAAAAGUGACUGAGGUGGAGCAAGCUUUAACAAAAAUCAAGACGAAAUUGGACUCUUGUGUGCCUGUAGUGAGACGAAUGAACUCUUAUCUCCCAGAGGAGAACAGAUUGGAAACGUUCAGAUUAUUCCCAGAAGUGGAGUCGGAUAGUGAAGAUGACAAGUCAGGAGAAUCUGCAGACAGUCAAGCCACUGAUAGUUAUAGAGAACCAGACACUUAAUGUUUGUAUGAUUGUCAAUGAAUUUAUUUUGGUCUGUG